UAAAAAUUUAUCACUUAGGAAAGAUAUCUCCGCAACAAUUUUCUGGGUUGACGCUAUGUUUUAUUUCUUUUAACAUUGAAAUGAAUAUAAAAAAAAUGUCUCUUCACGAGACGCGGCUACUGGAAGUUCACUUUGAUAAACUCAGCUCUAGGCCUGUUCCAGCACACAAGGAAACUCAUAAUUUAAAAAGUUCUUUGCCGUAUUCAUAAGUUCACAACCACAGCAAUUUAGUAAUUGUAUUUCGUGUCAAUUACAAUAGAAUAUAUAUAUAUAUUUUAAAUCGGCAUGUACAAUAACACUGAAUUGUUUUAGUGUAUGUAACGAUUAUUUUAGGAUGCCAGAACCUUCAUGGGUUACAACCUGCUGGGCUCGUCCAUGUUCGUGCGCCUCGGCAGAUAUAUAGAGAGCUGCCAAGGAUUUCCAGUCCGAAUUGACGUUAACAAGAGAGGCAAGCAGAUGUAUCACAACUGCACUGGAGGGGCAACAGUGAAAUUGUGUGUACAAAAAAUAAAACACAACAAAUCGUUGUUUCAAAAAGCACGCGUGUUUUUGAUGGUGGGACUGAACGAUGUGCUGAAGGGCACCCGAUCUGACUAUGCGGCGAGGGAUUUUAAAAUCCUCCUCCGGAUGCUGCAGGAGAGGGAGUGUAACGUAGUGGUGAUGCUGCUGCCCCCUGUGCCACGCUUCCAGCCGGGCAGCAGGCAGGAGCUGUACCGCGAGUGGCUCAACUGCCACAUGCAGAGCACCGCAGAAAGCAUGAACAUGCGCGUAAUUAACGCAGACACGAUUUUUCGUAGAUGGGAUGGUUCCGUGAAGUCGGAGUUUUUUGAGAGGUUCAUGGGUGCUGAAAGGAGACCUGACAACAUUCACUGGAACGAAAAAGGGAUGAAGGCACUUGUGCAUUUCCUGAAGAAAUGUUUGUAAAUAUUACAAUUACACGAAUUACAUACAUAUUGAUAAUGCCGAAUGAGGACUUUAAAUAUACACACAUGAAUACUUGCACAUAUAUGUAUAGUAAUUGAAAGAAAAUGUUUGUUUCAAUGUCUCCCCUGUGAAUAAUAAAUGAAUUAUAUUAUUAAAUAUCCGUGUUAUUUGUGGAUUUAACUAGGAAAACCUGCAUUAUUUUGUAAUUAUUUAUAGGUAGGUAUAAAAAAGUACAAUUUAUCUUAAAAUCUUAUGAAUUAUCAUACCUCUAAUGUUAAAUUUUACUCUUGUACAGAUUGCACAUUGUAUCUAAGUAACACAAUUGAGAUGUCACAGUUAUGCUAAUUAAUACUUAUUAAUUUGUUUCGACAAUGUGUUUUCGAUUCCUUUGACUUCUUGCAAAUGGGUUAUACAUAAAUUAUUACUACAGAGACGUCCCUAAGUAGGUUACCUUGGAAAAGUUCUGACGUCAGCGUGUGUGGUGGUGUUAGUGAAACUUUAAUAAAAUAUUGUAUAUUAAAAAAGUGCA